GUCACACCUCAACGACAUCCGUGAUAGGUCGGUGCUGCGACUUUUCGAGUCAGCCGAGGGUGGUCCGCUACCCCAAGGCCUCACGAUAGCCGCACCCACGUGGGACCAAGACCAGUCGUACUUUAGCGAGCCGGAAUUUGAUUCGGAAUAUCAACAUCAACACAUACACAAGACCAAGGGAAGCAAAUGCACAAGCGGCGGGGCUCCGGGACAACCGUACUACAUGACCCAUCAGUUCCCACCCGGAUCGUCUGCUACGCUGCCCAACAGGGGCCGUCCACCCACCGGGUCCAUACCGGCCAGAGCUUAUUCGCCGGCCGUGCCGACCGUAGCGGCCAACAAAUCGUCAGGGUACAUGUCAUCGCCGGAGAGAGCUAGUUCUAGGACCGGCGGAUACACGGCCGCCCCGUAUAUGUCUCCGGGAGGUUCAUCGUUCGACGACAACUCGUAUUAUGGCUAUGGGCCCAGGACUGGGUCAAUCACUCCGGUGAUCGACGAAGAGACCAGCGACAACGAACUCAUGGAAGACCCGUUUAACAUGUACGCUGCUAAACCGUCGUCGAUAUCCAAAAGACCGACGUACGGCACGCCACCCACAGUGCCCUACGACGCUACCAGGAUACGAGUGGAAAACAUGGAGCGACAGAUCGCUAAUCUAACGGGAUUAGUUCAGAAAGCUUUGACGCACGCACCGGUCGUGGCACCACCGUUCAGAAAUGCUAGUGAUGAGUUCGAUAAAGUCUCCGGCGGAAGCACCACGUCUCUAGCAGAGGAACCAUACAAGCGGUCUGACACUAAACCUCCUAAACUCGGACGAGACAAAUCGGUUUCGUUUGAGAAAUCCGUAUCGUUCAGCGACGAGCCACCGGACAUGAACUCGCCAAAACAACAUUCGCCACAGAGUUCAGCGGACACGAAACCUGCGAAACCGGCAAUUAAAUCGUCUACAUUACCUAGAACAGCGUCUCAAGAAAAAGACAGAUUUAAGCCUCAUCCUCCGCCCAAGCCGUCCGCCAUACCCGGACAAUAUGACGACAGACACUUGUACAGCGAUCUWCACCUAACGCCAGAAAUGUACAAUCAACUGAGAGUCCUGCAGAAAAAAGCAAAAGACUUGCGGCAAGAAGCCCGGAACCUGAGGAGAAUGUCUCAGGCACAGGCCCACUCCAUUCGCGAAACCAUCAAAGACACGUUCAUAAAAAUCAGAACGUUGAUCGCUUCCGGCGCCGACCAGGCGUGGAGCGAAUCUGGAUCGAAGGAAAGGGCACACGUGGAUCGGGAAGAGGACAUUUACAAGCAAGAGAUUAUCAGGCUGGAAACUGACUUGACUAAAACGGUUGCYGAAUUGAAAUUGAGAUUCCCGAGUUUACAAGAGUCGAUUCGUGCAGUAUUGACGAAGGAAAUGGACAGAGCGGUUACCGAGGAAAAGUUUCUCAAAGAAGAACCCGAUCGUCUUGAAAGCGCACUCAAACGAUGUAAAAAAUUAACCGGAACGCUUGUAACACUCAAAAGGCUCGCUUCCGUUCAGGAACAACGUCUGCCCGACGCCAGACUGUCGCCCACCAACGAAGACACUCCGCCGAUCACGCCUACAUCGUCGGCAAAGGGGUGUGUCGCUGGACARGGGAGUGUCGUGGAGCAGACCGGAACAGGAACAGACAACGGCACCGGUAGUACUGGAAAGCGCGAGCCAGCAGGUGCGGAGAACGCACUCGACACUCUGCUAGACGAACUGGAGACUACUCCGGCGGUGACGACGGAAUCAGUGGAGUCUGCAGCGGCGGUAGAAGCAACGGCGAUAGAAGCAACGGUGGUAGAAGCAACGGUGGUAGAAGCAACGGCGGUAGAAGCAAUGGCGGUCACCGCGCCGGCGGUCGUGGUCGCCCCGAAACCGGUAUUGCGGCGUCUGAGCAGCACGUCUUCGGAGGCAGGGGCCAAGCCGCCCGUACCCGAACGGACGCCCGACCUGCAGAACAAGCGUAUGCCCCCGCCGCCUCCACCGCGUACCAGUUCCAAGUCGCCUGUGGCAUCACCUACCACGGCGGGCAGUUCAGUGGGGGCCCCACCGUCAACGCCCAGGGGCUCGGUGUCGUCUGCAUCGACCGGCGGCAGCCCGCCAAGCCGGAAGGGGUCGUUGACUACCGUGGCGCUUAGCGGCUGCGGCAAACCGCCCAUGCCCGAACCACCCGCGGUGGCGACCGCGCAGCAGCUCCCGUCGCCGGCCGUGCCGACAGCGGUCGCGACGACCACCAGACAGGAACAGUUGGAGCAGCGGCACCAGGAACUGUUGAAGAAGCAAAAAGCGCUGCAGGAGCAGUACACGCGGCUGCAGCAGUUGCAACGGACGCAGCCGCCGCCCGACCUGCUCCAGCUCAAGAAGACGGGCAGCGAAGGCAACCUACUGCUGAAGAUGGGGCUGUCCAUGAGCGCCGCCGCCCCCAUAUCGGGUUCGCUCACUCAGCUUGCCUCCGCCGUCACCACUAGCGCCACUGCCACCGCGGCCAACGAAGACGCCGCCGAAAAGCAACGAUCGACGGCAAAYAACAAGGCCAAUGCCGCGACGACGACGACAAAGAUGACCGUCAGCAAAGUGUACGAGACGGACAUCAUAUGACCCACGACCGACGUCUGAAACGUGUAAAUCUAUCUCCGCGUGUGAUGCGAAUUAAAGCGCGUCGGUUGUGCGAUAUUUUAUUGCCGUUGUCGACGUUGUUGUUGUUGUUGUAAUUUAAUAUACAAAAUAAUAUAUAUGAUGCUGUUGUGGUAAAUACCGCCACUGYKGCCACCAUUGCCAACUGCUUCCACCACCGCUCAGCCCCCGGAUUUCCGGUUACCGUCGGCUCAACUAUCGGCAACACUAUUACCGCCGUCAUCUCCGUCUUCGCGCCGCCGUUUUUUUCUC